AGAAAAGGUGUGCAGUUAUUUGUCGUUUUCUUCCAAAUUGAACAUCGCGCACUUAAUUAAUUUAACAGAUUUUUAUGUAAUGUAAAACAUAUGUUCAGAAAAAUGUCAGAGAAUUACUGAUUUGAUACUGUAUCUAUGUUUAAGUAUAUAUGUGGUAUUAAUAACUUUAUUACUUAUAUUUGGUAUAGAUAAGGACGACAGUGUAUCUCAACAGUUUUUAAAAAAUGCAGAUUUAUCUUGCUAUCAGUGUCUUAUUGAUUGUGCUUCCUGUUAUAAAAUGCCAGAACGGAUACUUCGGUCGCUUUGGGAACGAUAAUGAUUUUGAUAAUAAUGACAAUCGUGGAAGAGGUUUCGGCCGAUUUGGUAUCUUUGACGGAUAUGGUGACAGAGGUGGAUUUUAUGGAAGGUCUUUAGGAUAUAGAGGAUUUCCUGGUGGCGGGUACAGAGGCUAUGGCAGGGACAAUGACUUUGACGACAACGAUGGAUUUUACGGAAGAUCGCGAAGAUCUAGAGGUUUCUAUGGAAGCAGAUAUAGAGGAUAUGGCAUUGGCUUUGGUUAUGGUGAUGAUGACGGAUUCUAUGGGAGAUCUCGAAGAUUCGGAGAUUUCUAUGGAGACAGAUAUGGAUUUGGUUUUGGUGGUGAUGACGGAUUUUAUGGCAGAUCUUUGGGAUCUAGAGGAUCUUAUGGUAGUCGAUUUAGACCGUUUGAUCUAGAUUAUGGCUAUGGUUAUGGCGGAGGGUUUUAUGGAGGAGGUAGGAGAUCUAGAAGACUGUCAAGACGUGUGCGGCGCUAUUUAAGAAGAAACUAUCUUCCUUAUAGAUUUAGAAGGAGAAGAAGUUUUUAUGGACCUGGGUAUGGUCGAGGUUUCCCUGGUGGUGGCAACUACUAUAAUAAUAAUGACUAUAAUAACUAAAACAUCAACCAUCCCGAGAAAACGCUAAUCUUCACCACAAUAUGAAUACUUAAGAAGUCAAUUUUCAUGGGACAACAGAUUUUCUUUUACGUUUGUAAGCUCGUGUAAUGCAAAUGAAUUGUAUCAAUUUUUUGCAAUAUAUUCAGAUCUUCGAAUACUGACAAGAAAAUAUAAUUAAAAGAAUAAAACACCAAGUUUUCUCAUCGAUUG